AUGGAAUCAAGAAUGGAAGGAGGAGGAGAAGUGUUUUCUGGAUUUGGAGAGAGAUACCAAAUGGAUGGUAAAUUGUUGCAGAAUUUUCAGAAGAGUUUUGUUCAAGUUCAAGACAUUUUAGAUCAAAACCGGCUUUUGAUCAACGAGAUCAAUCAGAACCAUGUGUCCAAACAAGCAGAUCGCUUGGGACGAAAUGUUGAUUUGAUAAGAGAGCUUAAUAACAAUAUCAGAACUGUGGCUAGUCUUUAUGGAGAUCUCUCUCAUUCUUUCGCUAGAUCGAUCGAUGCUUCAUCGGAAGGUGAAUCUACCGGAACAUUGAAAUCUGAUGGUAAGGCUAAUAACCAGAAGAGAUAUAGAUCCGGGUAA